UCAAAGCAAAGUGAUAGUUUGCUCUGUCAAGCACAGGAUUCAAUCUCCAAUGUAAUUUAAUAGUACUUGCUUAAGCCUGAAGAUUAUUCGCAGAAAUGAGAGCUGGAGAGCAAUAACACCGUGAUAGACAAGCCGCCUCCGUAACUGACAGAGAAGGGAGAGAGAUAUAGACAGACAGAUAGAUACGAAAUUGGAGUCCGCGACGUCGUUUUGGUUCGCCGAUGAAGAAAUCGAAGACGGCAGCGAAGAUGAGAAACGAGGCGAGCAGCAGUAAUAACAGUAACCGACGAGGAGAGACCGUUGUUACUGAUUGUGGCACGUGUAGAAGCCCUUGUGGUUACUGUAAAUCUCCCGGUCGCAAAACUAGCAACACUCACGGUUUAUGGGCGUACAGCGUGACGGUUGAUGACUACCAAGAUCUGCUUGACCGGGGUUGGAGAAGGUCUGGGUGUUUUCUUUAUAAACCUAAUAUGAAAAAAACAUGUUGCCCGUCCUAUACUAUUCGUCUAAAGGCCAGUGACUUUGUUCCAUCUAAGGAACAACGACGAGUUUCUAGACGAAUGCAAAGGUAUUUAGAAGGGACAUUGGAUAUGAAAAAAUCUUUUGAGUUUAUGGAGGACACAAGCACUUCUAAUCACCAUGACAGUUUAAGCUCAGCCAAGAAGGACUCCUUGUCUUAUAAAAAUGAAGAGAAGAAUAAGGCAGAAGAAAUUCUGCAUUAUUUGUCAGUCCAGAUUGACAAUGCAGUGCAUACAUGCAUCGAAAGUGGGGACUUCCCUUCCAGUAUUCAACUUCCAAAGGCGUCAGUCAAAUUAGUUUCACAGGCAAAAAGGAAGCUACUAGUUGAAGGAAUGGAAAAUCUCUUAUACUCCAGCAACAUUGCAUUCCAAAUAGCAGCCACUUUAAGACGGGCACAGUUAGCUGAGAAGGAAGUCCAGCAAAUACAAAUAUUAAGACAAAACACACAAGAUAAUGGUCCAUCUCCAAAAGUUAUAGCAGAAAAGUUGGCAAGUUCUUUGAAUCAGCUGAUUGAAAAUUCUGGUCUUUCAAUCAGGGCUUGUAAUGGGCAUCUUAAUUUUUAUUCUGCUAUGAACCAAUCUUCUUUUGAUAACAGUAUUCAAAUUGCUACCAUUUCUGAAGAAUCUUCUGAUGUGAACAAUAAAGGAAGGUGCGUGGAGAACAGCCCUGAGCAUCCUCAGGGAAAAAGGCAUAGGCUUCAGAUCCGUUUGAAAAGAUCCAGUUUUGAUCCACAAGAGUAUGCAUUGUAUAGGCAAUAUCAGAUUAAAGUGCACAAUGAUAGACCAGAUAAGGUCGACGAGACCUCAUAUAGGAGAUUUUUAGUUGACACUCCCUUAGUGUUUGUUCCACCAUCUGGUGAUGCUACAGUUCCUCCUUGUGGCUUUGGCUCUUUCCAUCAGCAAUAUCUGAUUGAUGACCAGCUAGUGGCAGUUGGGGUGAUUGACAUUCUCCCUAAAUGUUUGUCAAGUAAAUAUUUAUUUUGGGAUCCAGAUUUUGCCUUUCUAUCACUGGGCAAGUAUUCAGCUCUGCAAGAAAUAGGUUGUGUGAAAGAAAAUCAAGUCCAUUGUCCUACUCUUGAAUAUUAUUAUCUUGGUUAUUACAUUCAUUCCUGCAGGAAGAUGAGGUACAAAGCAGCAUAUCGCCCUUCAGAGCUUCUCUGUCCUCUUCGAUACCAGUGGGUGCCAUAUGAUAUCGCCAGGCCUUUGCUUGAUAAGAGGCCAUAUGUUGUUUUGACUGAUUUUGCCAGCUUAGAAAAUAUGGAGUCCUCAUCACCUAGUGUUUCUGCAAAUGUUACAGAAUUGCAACAUGAUGACAUAGGUCAAGAGGACUCGAAUGAUGUCCUUAUGGACUAUGAUGAAGAAAUGCUUGAGCCUGAGUCGGAAACCGAUGAUGAUAUAUCUGAUACAGAAACCAGUGAUCUUAAUGUGGGAAUAGAUGGUGACAUCACUAAUAUUCUAAUUGGGGUGAAUGGGUCUCGACUGAGAUACAAGUAAGUUGUUACAAUUUUGAAGGAUGUCCAACGAGCUUUUGAUCCCAUUGAGAGGAUAUCCUUGGAAUCCCAGUUACAUAGAUAUUUGAAGGUUGUGGGUGCAGAGCUGUCUAAGCGAAUGGUUUAUUCUCUUGGGUAGUUGCUUUUUUAAAAACGUAUCAUACAAAAUUCUUCACAAAUUAAAGAUGUACAUUUUUCUGUGGCACUGGAAUUGCUGGCGAAAUCAUGCCGACUUAUCAGAGACCAAAAAAGGGAGCUAUCUUUGGAAGUUACUUAAUUAUAUAUUUUAAGGAUUGCUUUCAUUUGAUUUCCUAUGGAAAGUACAGAUUCAUAAUCAAGUUCAUAUUUGCAGCUUGUGUUGUGUGUAUGUCUUGUCAUUUGUUUUCCUGUAGUUUGUCAAAUGAAAGAAUUUAUUUCUUUUUCAAAUGAAGGGUUUUUU